AUAAGCAAUACUUGAAAACUCUUUGAAAAAAAUUAAAUUAAAAAUAAAAUGAAUUGAGUACUGAGACGCUAGAGCCUAGGCCAUAUUGAAGUGUGUAUUUACUAUUUUCGAGCAACAAUGGAAUUGGAAUAUCAUCAAACAAAGUGAAUGAGGAUAACCAAGGCAUUGAACAUUCGAAUACAGACCGCGUCCAACGGCUACGUCCAACAAGCCCUACAAAGCCUCUUAGCAGCCAAUGGUCUCGACUACGGAGCUUAUGGCUGCCUCAUCCAGCACUGCACCGACCACCACCUCUUCCGCCUGGGCAGGCAGCUCCAUUCUCGCCUCGUCCUCUUCUCCGUCACACCCAACAACUUUCUCGCCUCAAAGCUCAUCGCUUUCUACUCAAAAUCAAAUCACCUCCGCGAUGCCCGUAACGUGUUCGAUAAAAUUCCCGACAAAAAUAUAUUCUCUUGGAACGCUUUGCUCAUUGGGUAUUCCCUCAACAACAGGUACCUCGACAUGCUGAAACUCUUUCUGUCCCUGGUGUCCUCUAAUUUGACGGAUGUAAAGCCCGAUUGUUAUACGAUUUCGUGUGUUUUAAAGGCGUUAUCGUCCUUGUUUUCUCAUUCAAGGUUGGCCAAGGAGGUUCACUGUUUUGUUCUUCGACGUGGGUUUGACCUGGAUAUCUUUGUUGUUAAUGCUUUGAUUACGCAGUACUCGAGAUGUGAUGAGAUUGGCUUUGCAAGAACUGUGUUUGAUAGAAUGCCUGAGAGAGAUAUUGUGUCUUGGAAUUCAAUGAUAGCAGGGUAUUCUCAAGCUGGGUUUUAUGAGGAGUGUAAGGAAUUGUAUAUAGAGAUGUUAGGUUCAUCUGGGUUGCGGCCUAAUGGGAUGACAAUUGUCAGUGUCUUGCAGGCAUGUGGGCAGUCACAUGACCUUAUUUUUGGGAUAGAAGUUCAUCGGUUCAUAAAUGAGAGCCAAAUUGACAUUGAUGUUUCAGUUUAUAAUGCUAUUAUUGGGUUGUAUGCAAAAUGUGGUAGCUUGGACUAUGCUCGAGAAUUGUUUGAUGAGAUGAGUGACAAGGAUGAAGUCACCCAUGGAUCGAUAAUUUCAGGGUACAUGCUUCAUGGUUUUGUGGACAACGCAAUGGAUCUUUUCCGAAACAUAAAAAACCCGGGAUUAAGUACAUGGAAUGCUGUGAUUUCAGGUUUGGUUCAGAACAACCGGCAUGAAGGAGUCUUAGAUUUAGUUAUAGAAAUGCAAGCAUGUGGUUUUAAACCAAAUACUGUAACAAUUUCGAGCAUUCUCCCUACAAUUUCAUGCUUAUCAAACCUAAAAGUAGGAAAGGAAAUACAUGCUUAUUCUGUUAAAAACAAUUAUGACAGCAAUAUUUAUGUGUCCACUGCCAUUAUAGACACUUAUGCAAAAUCAGGGUUUCUUCAUGGGGCACAACGGAUUUUUGAUCAAUCAAAACAUAAGAGCUUGAUCAUUUGGACAGCAAUAAUCUCAGCAUAUGCGGCCCAUGGAGAUGCUAACACUACUCUUUGUCUUUUUAAUGAGAUGCUAAAUAAUGGGAUUAGGCCAGACCCAGUAACAUUCACUGCUGUAUUGUCAGCUUGUGCUCAUUCUGGAAUGGUAGAAGAAGCUUGGGAGAUCUUCGAUGCCAUGUUUAUGAAAUAUGGCAUACAGCCUUCAGUUGAACAUUAUGCAUGCAUGGUAGGUGUUCUUAGCCGAGCUGGGAGACUAUCUGAAGCUGCAGAAUUUGUCUCCAAAAUGCCAAUUGAACCAAGUGCUAAAGUUUGGGGUGCAUUGCUUAACGGGGCUGCUGUUUCUGGUGAUGUUGAGCUGGGGAAGUUUGUUUGUGAUCAUUUGUUUGAGAUUGAGCCUGAAAACACUGGGAAUUACAUUAUUAUGGCAAAUCUGUAUUCUCAAGCUGGGAGAUGGGAAGAAGCUGAUAAGACCAGGGAAAGGAUAAAAAAAAUUGGGUUGAAAAAGAUCCCAGGCAGUAGUUGGAUUGAAACAAGUGGAGGAUUGCAAAGCUUUAUAGCCAGGGAUGUAUCAAAUGGAAGAGCUGAAGAGAUUUAUGAAAUUUUGGGAGGAUUGCUUGGGUUAAUGAGAGAGGAAGGGUAUGUUUCGAGGGAUGAGUUAGAUGAGGAGAGUAUUUUUAGUUGAAACCAGAUCAUCAAUAUUGAAGAAAUCUUUGGAAUAAAGGAUUGGACUGAGGGGCUCAAUGUGCACCAUCCAUUAAUAGGGCCACAGUGACUCACCAUUUAGUGGUUUUCUUAUAAUUUGGAUAUCCAAUUGAUUGUGAAAUAGCACCUGGAUAUUCAGUAGUAGGAAUCUAUGAAUUCAGAGUAUUAUAGCUAGAAAUUGAAGCUACAAAUCAUUUUUGUGGAUGAGUUCUAUGACCUGGCAUGGGUACUUAAAGUUGAAACAAACAAGUGGUCUUUUUCUGUCUAGAAUAUGGAAUAAUUUCAUUCUGAGGAUUAGUUUUGCUGAUAACAUAUCUUAGAAGGUAGAACACUAAUCGAGGCUAAGUGGUGGUUCUCUUUUCAGUUGCCGGUCAAUUUCCUUGAUCCUUCAUUAAAGAGCCAUGUUCAUAAAAUUUCGUUGAUGAGAGACUUAAAAGUUAAAACUUCUAGCUCCAUCCAAGGUUGUAAACCUAAAGGUUCUGGAAAGCCUGAUCUCAGUUUACUUUGAAAAUGCAAAUGAGGUACUUAUUAGAGGGAUUGCCUGUACGUGACUGGCAGUUAUGGUAUCUAAUGUGGUCAAUUUGGCAAUAUCAAUGAGAGAUAAUUUCAGCUUCCUGCAGUUCAAAUGUCCUUGGAAGUGGCUGCUGCUGCUGCUUGGUGACUUCUACAUUGUUUACAUCAGCCAUCCUUCAGCUGUCAGUAAAACUUUUGGAUGAACUAUGGUGUAACUUCUGACAGAGAUUGCUGUUAAUUAUACCAAUAGCAAAGGGUAAGAAUGUUCAUGGCUCAUCUUUACACUUUUUCGCUUGACUCAUCUCUUUUAAUUGAGAAUGUUUUUGGCUUU